AUGAAUCAAGUAGCACCAAAGUGGUAUCAACCAGAAGACGCAGCAGUCCCAAAACAAACCAGGAAAACUGCUCGUCCACAGAAAUUACGUGCUUCAUUGGUUCCAGGUACAGUGUUGAUCUUGUUAGCAGGUAGAUUUAGAGGAAAAAGAGUUGUAUACUUGAAAAACUUGGAAGACAACACCUUAUUGGUAUCAGGUCCAUUCAAAGUCAACGGUGUUCCAUUAAGAAGAGUUAAUGCCAGAUAUGUCAUUGCCACCUCCACCAAGAUAAACGUUGAAGGUGUUGACGUUUCAAAGUUCAAUGUAGGAUACUUUGCCAGAGAACAAAAACCAAAAUCAAAGAAAUCCGAAGCUGAAUUAUUCGAUGAAACCCCAGCUAAGAAGGAAAUCAAAGGUGAAAGAGUUGCCGACCAAAAAUCAGUUGAUGCUGCUUUAUUGGCUGAGAUCAAGAAAACCCCAUUAUUGAAACAAUACUUGGCCGCUUCAUUCUCAUUAAAGAAGGGUGACAGACCUCACUUGUUAAAAUUUUAA